UUUCUCUCUCAUUCGCAUUUUCGUGUCGGGGUCUUGUGCUUCAAAAUAGGCUCUAGCCGAGUGAGCACCUUUGCAAAAGCUGCUCUCUUUGAAAAGACGAGCAAAAUUUCCAGAGUGAUGACUCGCAGGGAAUCCGGCCGAGGUUUUCGCAGCCGCCCAACCAGUCGCGGGAUCUGCUGCUGUUGCUGCUGCUGAGAGAGAAUCGCAGCAGCCUCUAGCAGAGUGUUUUGUUUUCGAGCGCAUGCAAGAAGAAAGAGAGGGCGAUGCGACCACCUCGACGACGCUCUAUUUAAAUCUGGCGAUUUUGCAAUUGUGUCAAAAUGUUUUGCUCAACGCGCGUUUAACGCGAAAACAUCGGUUGUCAUGGUCCACGUAAGGAGGACAAAGAGAGCUAAGCCCGCGUCCGCGAAGAAGGCGUCGAGCCAGCCGAGGGGGGAGCAAAGGUUGCGGAAGCAGCCACCGUCGCCGCUCAGAAUGCCUUCAGACAGGGUCCUCAGGGCUCGCAAGGCCAACAGCUCCAUUUGCCGUCAUCUCUUGAUGGGAUUCGUGGGGCGGCCUCCGAAAAGACUUUUCACCCCAGAAAUCAAACGCAAGUUGAAGGACUGGCUGGUGAAGCGAAGGCGCAACCCUUAUCCCACCAGGGAAGAAAAGCAGGCACUGGCAAGAGAGACUGGACUGGAAUACAGUCAGAUUUGCAAUUGGUUUGCAAACUGGAGGCGCAAACUGAAAAACGCCGAAGCAGCUGAGGAUCCAGCUGAAUCCGACAUCUCAAUGGACUCGGAGCCUCGAGUGAUUUCCUCCUGGGGUCGCAGAAUCCUGAUCUACAACAACGUCGCAGCCCGCAACGCGGAGAAAAUUCCAGUCAACUGUGGCACGGCGCUUUUAGAGGACAGCGACCAGGAGAUGGAACUCUCUUGCGGCAGACUGACAAGUUCCAGUGACUCGUACAACCCGACUGUGAUUGACCACUGUUACUCAAUGACCCCGAUGAUGGUCAGCGAGAUGGAUAAGAAUGGCAACUACUGCAGGAGCAAUAGCAACAAACAGUGGAUCUGGAAUCUGCAAGACGCGGACAAAACCAGGCCAAACAGUGAUACGGAAAUGGAGGACGCAGAGGCUCCGCACCGAGAAGCCGAGAUCGAAGCAGCCGUGGUGUUGGCGACGUUAGGAACCGCUUAGAUUUCGUUUUGUGAUCACAAGAAACUCUCGCAAGGCUGAUUUUAAUAGAAAUUUGUAUUUUUCGAGGCGAAAUCUCCCGACGUUAAGUUUUCGGAACAAAAAACGUAUUUAAAUCAAUAGUGACUGGAUGAAUAAAAUCAAAAAUGUUAUUUACCA